AGGCAGAAAGACGGAAGAGGGAAAGAGUGAACACAUACUCAGAAUACAUAUCAUGAAGGACUGUUUUAGAGAGGAGAGACAGCCAGACAUCCCAUGAGGUAUGCGCCUUUCUCCACACACAGCUCAUUUUUUCGAGCUGUGAGACCAGAGCUUGUGAUCACUCAUCACCACAGCUCCACCAAGGCACAGGAAGCAAGGAAGAUCCUCAAACCACAGAGCUGCUUAAAAAAUCCGAGCUCUGGGUAGGAUAGAGGACAAACAUGCACAGGUGCUGCUAGAGAGAUAGAGAAGGGAGCGAGAACGCAGAGAGAGAGAGACACUAGUAGAGAGAGGGGGGGGGGAGUGGGAGGAGACUUGACUUGCUUCAGAAGGGAAUAGAAGCCGGAGUGCAAUUCCAAAACAGCUGUCAGGCAGACGUCCCAAUCGACAGAAGUGUAGCCCCGAGGCAGAGACAGGAGGCAGGGCAGUGUCAACAUGCCACAGGAGCAGCACAGCAGCCACUGAACACACACAUACAGACACACACCAACCUGGGGCUGCAGCAUUCAGGAGAACACCAGCGAUACCUGGGAAGGAUCAGGAUCUCCCCAUUGGAAUAUCUGAGAAAAGUGGCCGUUUGACCAUUUCUAUACCGCCAGACAUCACCAGUCCUGCUUGGAGUCCCAUUUCCUGAUCGAUGCUGCAAUUGCUGCAAUUAUUUUUGGAGUCCUGUAUGACCGAUGUGUUACUGAGAAUGUAACUCGAGCUUCUCCCCCGGGGAACUGUAACAUCCAGAACUUAAAGAGCACUUCUGACUUUUCUAUCCUGCAUAUCUGAGAACUCUUCGGCAGUUACAGCCAUGCCAGCGAAAGCACCCAUAUACCUGAAACCCACCAAUAAUAAGAAGGGAAAGAAAUGUCGCCUCAGAGAUAUUUUGUCCCCAGACAUGAUCAGUCCACCGCUUGGGGACUUUCGCCACACCAUCCACAUUGGCAAGGGUGGGGAGAGAGAUGCCUUUGGAGACAUGUCUUUCCUUCAGGGGAAGUAUGAACUCCUACCCGGGAAGGGAGACGUCCACCCUCAGUAUGGCAUCCAAAGUGAGUUUCUGAGAGCUAACAGCACAGGUGAUGCUUCCUUUGCUGAGACUCCCUCUCCGGUGCUCAAGAACGCCAUCUCCCUCCCAACUAUUGGUGGCUGCCAGGCGCUUACCCUUCCUCUGAUCUCCUCCACUGUUUUCUCCAUGCCGCCGGAGCCGUUGGAGGACAUCAUUGGUCCUACAACUCCCAUGAAACCUGACAGCAAAGAGGAGGUAGAGAUACUGCAGAUGGAUGCUCUUUUGCGCUCCAUGGACGUCUUCAGCAGUGAGCCUUCAUCUCAGUCCGCAGAUAUCCAGUCGAAGCCUGACGUCCUCCUGGAUCUGCUGGAAAAUACAGAUAAGUCCACCUCUAAGGCAGUUGCCAAAGCUAAUAAAAUGAACAAGAGUGAAACCAGGUUUGACAAGCCAUCAUCCUAUUACAUCACCAGUCACAGCAACAGCACCUUCAAAGCUAAUGGAAGUCUGAACAGCAACACAAGCAGCGACAGCUUUGACAGCUUAAGCGGCAAAGGGGACUUCCAGAAUAAGAUCUGCAAUGGCAGCAGGAGUCUCAAUGGCAAUGGCAACUGCAAUGGUUAUGGACACUUUAACAAUGACAUUACCCUGGGCUUCAAGCAGGAGCUCUCAAAGUGCUAUGGAGAGUGGGUGGACAGGGACAGUGGGGUGGAGGAGGGCCGCAUCUGUGAUUUUGAGUUUGAGUUUUCCAAGGAGAAGAGCACGUCACAGGAUUCCCUCACCCAGACCACGGGGUCAUUCCUCUCCCUUGAACUCGAUCUGGGCCCAUCCAUCCUCGACGAUGUGCUCAACAUAAUGGAUAAACCCGCAGCAAAGAGCAGGCCUUGAGCUGCGCUGAGGCCCCAGGAGGAGAAAGGGAAUUAUUAAACUAUAGCCAUGAGGAGAGAAAGACUCAAAAAGCAAUCAAAUGGUGUCUGGAUAUAUCAUUGAGAUGAAAAUGAGCUACAAUAGAGAGAGCUGCUUAUGUUUUUAUUGUCAAAACAUAUAACUAUUUUAGCUUCUAUGGAGUGUUGUUUGCCAUGCCAGCCGCAUGUUUAAGAUGCAUGUACUAUUGAGUUACAGCUAAAACACAUUCUUCGUGCCUUUGACUGUAAAAAUGCUACAUGAUAGAUUUGUGUUCUUAUGUUGACUUUCACGAUAUAUACACAGUAACUUUGAGGUCCUUUGCUUUUUUACACAGUCUUGAACAUAUUGCAUUUUGUGACUUUAAGUGUGUUUAACACAUAAUUCAUUUGCCACAUGACUAUUUCAAAGAACAGAACACUAUGCAUAUUUGUGUUUUUAAAAUUGCAACACAAAUAAAUUCAUUUUGUCCUA